AUGAAUGAAUCAGCUGCCAGUUUGCCAGCCUCGUACGCGGCUCUCGAGUAUGAUGGCCUGGCUGUUUCGCACGUCCCGCCGAGCUCGUCCGCGGUCACCAAGGUGGUCGUGAUCACCCUCAACCGACCUCACAAGUACAAUGCCGUGACUCUCGACAUGCUUGACGGCCUCGAGGCGCUCUUCAACAUCAUCAGCGAGGACCCCAGAGUCCGCGCCGUGGUUCUAACCGGGGAAGGGAAGGCUUUCUCGGCCGGGGCCGACCUCGACGUCGGGUUCACGGGGAUGCUCUCACUGAAGGAGAGCGAACAGACUAUGAGGGACUUUAGAGACUGGGGUGGCCGCGUUGCGUUGGCCAUCACCAACUGCAAGAAACCCACCGUCGUCGCCGUCAACGGCGCGGCAGUCGGCAUCGGCCUCACGAUGACGCUGCCCGCCGCCAUCCGCGUGGCCUGGGAGGGCGCGCGGUGCGGGCUUCCCUUCUCCCGGCGCGGCAUCGUGCUCGAGUCCUGCAGCGCCUUCUUCCUGCCGCGCCUCAUCGGGCUGUCGAAGGCGAGCCACAUUGUGGCCACGGGCGACGUGUACGCCGUCACGGACCCGCUGGUCGGCGGGCUCUUCUCGAAGCUGCUGCCGUCGCCGGCGGAGACGGUGCGGUACGCGAUCGGCCUGGCGGGGGAGCUCGCCGCGAAGACGUCGCUGGUCAGCACGAAGCUGAUGCGCGACAUGCUGCUGCGGUGCCCGGCGAGCCCCGAGGGCGCGCACGUGCUGGACUCGCGCAUCUUUUUGCAGCUCGCCGGGACGGCCGACAACGUCGAGGGCGUCGCGAGCUUCCUGGAGAAGAGGGAGCCGAACUUCACCGACACCGUGAGCCGCGAGAGCGUUCCGUUUUGGCCCUGGUGGGACGGGGAUAUGGGGCGAUAUGUCACUCAGCUCGAGAAGGCCGCGAAGCUGUAA